AUGAGGACGGCCCCGCGUCAUCUCACCGGUCAUGACCACUAUGCUGGUCUCUUCGCGUUCCUGAAUCCAACGACACGCCGUAGACAUGCGAUUGCUGAAACUCCUGAAGCCCAUAAGAGUGUGCGUUACCUUAUACCUCCUGCAACGAGUACCGUCAAGGAAGCAUUGAAGGGCAUACGACGCACGCUCACCACGUACCCAAACCGGGACGAUCCUUCUACUGAAUUCAACGGCGAGAUACAAAAUGCUGGUGGCAUCACGGCUUUUAUUGGAGCUACGAUUUUCAAAUUCGGGUCCGUACUGUUGAUGAUUGAAGCCGUCACCGAGAAUAGGACAGAUUACUUCAGGAAACCAACUCGUGAUUCUUCCAUAGCAGCCGAAGACCAGUCCAAUUUGAAAACUUUACGCGGAUGGGCCUGGUUUCCAAGCUGGUAUGAGCUCAGAACGCACUACUUGAAAGAAUUCGGCUUCCUUGCUUGUCUGGCCCAGAUGAUAGGCGCAACAGUUUUCUGGAUCUCUGGCUUUACUGCUCUUCCUCGUAUCUACAACCGACUUGCCACUGCAGCAGCUCAAAAUGGAGCAUACUGGUUUCCCCAAGUGGUCUGAGACGCGGGCUUCGUCAUCUCAGGGCUUUUGUUCAUCAGACUCAGCAGAAGUGGUAUCUUCCAGCUCUCAAAGUUUUGGAAUUGCAUAUUGGGGCUUGGAAUCUAAGAGGGGUUUGACCCCAUAUUCGCCCAUAACCUUGAAACUCUGGGGGUCGAAUUUACACUCUGCGGCGCUCUUAGAUUCGCUAGUGCUAACAGUGGAGCUGUCUAUGAGGGGAGU